UCGGGCGCGCCGUGAUGACGUUGCGAAAGAAGUCUUUGGCGUUGGCACCACGAAGCGCCUGUCGAUUUCGACAUUUCAGUUUGGAGGAAACAGAGAACUGUUUAUCUGAACAGGGCUAUUGGUGUCAGAAGUGGGAUGUCACGCCGUCUGGUGCCUGGUUGCUUGGUGCUGUCUGACUGGUACCGCUCUGCUGAAAGCAAAGAGUUUUUCAGCAGUAUCCUGUACAAAAACCGGAGGAAGCACUUUGGAUUGCUUGAAGGUCCAGCCCUUCCUCUGAAACUGUCUGUUGAUACUGUUAGCUACAAAAUCUUUGUCUGUGGAAAGAGUGGAGUAGGCAAAACUGCAUUUGUUGCCAAGCUGGCAGGACUGGAAGUACCAAGCAUGCACCAUGAAACCACAGGCAUCCAGACCACUGUGGUGUUUUGGCCAGUUAAACUGAGAGAGAAUGGCCGGGUCCUCAUGUUUCGUCUCCAGUUCUGGGACUGUGGGGAGAAUGCUAUUCGGAGGUUUGACCAUCUGCUACCAGCUUGCCGAGACCAAGCAGAUGCCAUGCUGCUUCUCUUCUCUUUCACUGAUCGUUCGUCAUUUGAUGACCUGUUUAAUCAGCUAGCAAGACUAUCUGGUCCUGAAAAUGGCAUACUCAAGUUGGUGGUGGGCACCAAAUUUGACCAAUUCAUGCAUACAGAUGUAACCGAGAAAGAGCUGAGGGAGUUCCAACAGGCUUGGGCAGUGCCAGUGUUUCGAUUCCAAAGCUCUGUCUCUGGAGUAAGCCAACCUGCACUGGAAGAUGUAGCACCACUUCUUAAUGGUCUGGCAGAACACCUCUGGAACCAGGACCAGCUGGCAGUCAGCUUGCAAACUGAAGUAGGAGUCUGCUGACGAGAUGUUCAUAGCCACGUAUGUUUGGAAAUGGGAGAUUUGGUGUAGCCAUGCCGUACAGGAGCACUUCUUCCAAGGAACUGAGUUCUGAAGCUACCUCCUUGAUGAUGCAGGCCGUAGAAAGGAAUGGCUUAAUGUUCAAAAGAACACACAUUACAACGGACAGAAAGCUGUCUGCAUCUAUGCUGCUUAUGUUUGUACUGAUGCACGAUGAAAUGUUCACUGCCAGGCGGAACUAUAGCUCGUACAUGUGUCACAGGAGAAGUGACGACUCUGUGUUUUCACCUUUAUGCUAGGGCAAUUUUUGAAAAAAUAAACUAUUUAUUUUAGUCUCUGUUCUCCUUAUAAGCAAGCUGUGCUGUUCAGUUGACUUUGUUUUUAAUCAUAAGAACAAAAGAAAUUUGAUGAACAAGAGGAGCCCAUUCAGUCCAUCACUCCAUUUGUUCAGCUAACUGCUAAUGUAUCCUAGUAUUUCAUCCAGAUGCUUCUUAAAGGUUGUCAAGGUUUUUGCUUCAACUCCAUGUCUCGGUAGUUUGUUCCAGAGUCCUACAACUCUUUGAGUAAAGAAGUGCUUAGUGGUGUCUGUCUCUUCAGUUCCUCAGAUCGCCACCUGCAAAUGACUUGGCUUAUCCAGGUGCAGGAAGGAGAAAAAGGGAAUGCCAUCUUUGAUUCUCUCUGUCUUUUAACAAAUGAUUGGGGAUGAUCAGUCCGGGCCCAGUGUGUGGUUACAUAUACUCCUCUUCAUUGUGGAGUUUUAACAAGCAUGCACUUUUUGGACCUUUCGCACGAUGUUUCUUGAGGUAGCAAUGAGCAAAUACUCAUAUUCAAGAUUAUCACUGCAGCCAAGCAAAGGGAAACCAGAAGACGAUGCGGACUUCUGCUCAGUGUAGACAGAAAGAUAUCUGUUCUGGGAAACGGAAGAGGUGGAGACAUUCACAUGAGAGACUGAUGGACUAAGGGUUUGUAAAGGUAGUUGUAAAAAGAGAAACAUAAUUUAGCAGGGAUAUGAACAUUUGGUCCCAUUCUUUUUUUCCUCUUUUUAGUUCUAUUUAUAAAAUGCACUAAAUUUUGCUUCAAAUUUUUGUUAUCAUUGGUUUCAUCAGAUUAUCAUUACAUCACAAUGCCAUCCUACAGCCAUUUUGAAUGGAUGUAGCCUUAGCCAAGAUGAGAGGUGGUCAUGUAGUUACCAGCCUUCACAGAGUGUUUCCACCCUUCGCCACAACACUCUCCAGUUGGUGGGCCUACAGUGGUGGUCAGUCACUGCCCCUCUCUUCCUGGCUUCAAGCUACAGGCCUCUCUCUUAAACCAGAGCCAACGGGAGGCUUUUUCCACCACUUCUCCCAACCUUUGAUCUGAUGUUUUUCUCUCAUGGCUUCUCACUCCAAUUGUUGUCAACAGAUUCCAUACCAACUGAGCUGGGAGUCCCCACCAUUGCACCUCUAGUCUGAACAACCAUAUUGUCCAACCCUUUUGCUAACCGUCCUACUAAGGUGCUGGCAUUGGCUCUUCUUUCUCUCUGCUGCUUCCUAUUUGGCCUCCUCCUAUGAUACUGUUAGUUCAACUAACAUGAUCUUCUUUCCCUCUGUGGGCCAACUCACAAUGUCUGGUUUCAGUGUUGUGGACAGUAUUGCUUCUGGAACCGGGAGAUUUCUUUCCAAGGCCGUAGGUUGACUACACAGGUUUGACUUCAUCAGAUUCUGGAUAACUGGUCUCUGUCCAUCUUUAAAAAAGAUUAUUGUUCAGUGUUUCUACCUUGGUCCUUAUUUUUUUUCAUGACACCAUAAAGUG